GAUUAAGCUGCAGUGGUCAGGCGGAGGUAUAAUGUCCUCCUGGCAGAUUUAUGUGGAUCAUCUGAUGUCCAACGGCGCGUGCCAGGACUCCGCCAUUGUGGGCUGUAACUCGGACUCUAAGUACGUUUGGGCGGCGCACGCGGGGGGCGCGUUCAACAACAUCACGCCCACAGAGAUCGACGUGCUGGUCGGGAAGGACAGAGAGAGUUUCUUUACUAACGGUUUGACUCUCGGCUCUAAGAAGUGUUCUGUGAUCCGUGACAGUCUGCUGGUGGACAACGACGGGACGAUGGACAUAAGGACAAAGAGCCAAUCAGGAGAGCCGACGUUCAACGUGUCUGUAGGCAAAGCGGGUAAAGCGUUGGUUCUAGUGAUGGGUAAAGAGGGAAUGCAUGGCGGAACGCUGAACAAGAAGGCUUUCCACAUGGCUGAGUACCUGCGCAAGUCCGGAUACUGACCACAGCGCCGUCCACCCAGAAAACACUACAUUUAAACAGUUCACACCUGCUGCUCCACACACACACUUUCCUUUUUGGUCCUCAAUUCACUGCCAAUGAAGAAAUGAAGGAAAAUUACAAACUCAAGAAGAAAGACGUCAGUAUUUGAUUUUGAUUUAUUAUCUGAUCAACGAUUUCAGUAUUUACUGUCAUUUUUCCAGAUUCCGUCUGAAUGAGUUUCUUGUUCCUGUUUUUAAUUUCGUCCUAUUCCCGUUUUUGUUUAUCUCUGAAUUAUUGUAAACAUGAUUAUACUGAAGCUCCGCCCACCCGAGUUUUGGGAUAAACCCUCCAAUGAGGUUUCGUUCCCGUAGAGUUUUCUGUAAACGUCCCGCUCCAAUUUUAUUUCAUUUUCAGGUUCUGGAGUUCAGGCUGUCUGGAAAGUUGCUUCAUUUUUUUUUUUUAAGGAUUAAUUUUUAAUUAAUUUCCAUCCAAUUAUUUACACAGAAGCUCUGAAACUCGUUUUAAAGGACGGAUUUUAGCCUUUUAGCUUUUUUUAUUUUAAUAAAACACUAACGUACUCCUGAUGUUUCUCUCCUCGGUGGAUUCAAUGCAGUUUAACUUUUUUAUAGAUUUAUUAAUUACUGCAUUUUAAGCUGUUAAAAUGGUAAAAUUGUAAGCCAGAUGUUAAAUAAUGUUAAAGCUCAGAUCCAAAUAAAACACUAAAGUAGAAUGAACUGAACAAACGAGUUGGUGGUUGGUUGAAAAACGCGUUCAUUCUGUGCCAAAACACUGACGGAACAUGUUUCUGUUGACGGAUUUUAAGUCGUUUUAUUUGUAUUUUUGCACAGAUUCAAAAUUUGCUGCUGAUUUUCCCUCCAAACUUUUACAUUUGAUUACAUAUCAAACCCAUAAAACGCCAUCGGCUGAUUCACUGUUUACAGACUGAUCAAUAAAUUUAUUACCUGAUGAUUGUUUUCCUUUUCUGUGCGUGCACACACACACACACACACACAGUCUCUUUCUCUCUCUCCCACAAACACACACACACACUCUCUCUCUC